AUGGUUUGUCCACGUGAGCUGUAUUAUUCACUUACACUUCUGUCUACGAUGUUGGCAUUCGUAUCAGUAACGUUAAUUAUUUCACGUUACGUAUGGACAAGUAAUACAAAAUUAAUCAUUGCAUUUUCAUUCAUGUCUAUUGCGCUUUUUUUUCAAAUUGUUAAUUUAAUUUGUGAAACAUUCAAAUGUUUACGUAUUCAAAUUGCACCAAUUUUUGUA